AUCAAGUAUGAGUCUCAGCAGAGUAUUAGACCGGUGGACUCUCAAUGCUUCUACCAGACCUUGCAGAAUCUGGCCGAGCUAUCUGAACCAGACUACAGCGCCUAUGACUUCUGUCGCCGAUAUACUGUUCACGACAUGGCGACACAUCAAUUGAGCCGGUUCUGGACCCACACAGUCCUUUCAGCUGCUCACAACGAACCGGCGAUUCUUCAUGCAAUGCUGGCGCUGUGUGGAACUCACCGGGCCUAUUGUGAAAACCGAUCAGCCGUGGCAAACGCAGUUUCAACACCGUUUACGACGGCGGCUUACGCCCAUUACGACAAGGCUGUACGCUGCUUGUGGGAGCGAAUCGCAAGGACGGGUUUCGAGGAGCUUCAAGUCGUGCUGAUUGUCUGUUUGGUUCUGCUCACUUUCGACCUGAUCGAAGGACGAUAUGGAGAGGCCCUGAUACACCUGAACCAUGGCCGACAAAUACUCAGACAGCUGCACAGCAGCAAGGUCUCUGGCAAGGACACUACCAGUUUGGUCUUACCGCAAAAAGCACAGUCGACGCUGGACGAAAUAUCCUAUUCAUUCGCUUUGAUGGAUAUCCAGUCAGUCUACUUCGGCAGUCAGAAGCCUGAAUUCAAGCUAGCCAACAGCCCAGGGGCGGACGAGACAGUCGGCUUCAACAUACCGCCAUACUUCAGCACUUUCGAUGACGCUUGGCAUUCUAUGCUGCUCCUGACGAAUGAAGUCUACCACUUUGGCAGCACCAUCAGGAAACCAGAGAUCGCAUACUCGAGCUAUGAUCCAAUGUUGGGAUUCUGGCAAGGCCGGCUCCUGGCUACACUCAGACAAUGGAGGGAAGCAUUCGACAGCAGCCCGUUCCGCACGGCCACAUCGAGUAGCGCUACGUCGUCCAACUCUGCGGCAAGUGCUCGCCAUACCUCCUUGCGACUGAGCCAUGCUUACCUCACCAUCCUCGUCUGCACGGGCCUGAAGCUCGGCGACGAGAUGGCGUAUGAUCCUUUGCUUCCACAGUUCUCGACAGUGGUGGCACUAUGCGAACAGCUGGUCUCAACUUUGCCCUCCAUAAGCCUCGAUGCCGGCGUGAUCCCCGCGCUCUUCAUCACAUGUUGCUUCUGUCGUCACCCUGAUCUGCGAAGGCGGGCGAUUCGAGUUCUAUCGCGCACAGGCAAAGAGGGCCACUGGGACGGCAAGCAGAUAGAAAUGGUGUCGCGGGAGAAGAUGAUCCUUGAGGAAGAAGACGCGGGGUAUAUCUAUGACGCCGAACAUCCAGUGCCAGAAGAUGCUGACCUGGCCGAGAUCAUCCCUCGAGAGGCACGAUGGUCGGAGAGCUGGGUGUUCUUUGUCUCGGAAGACUAUACAACGGUACAGCUGGCCUUUAAGCGGAGGAAGAGGACGGCUGACGGGCGGGUCAUUCCGGGUGAUGACGGAUAUGAAGUCAAGACGAAGCUGGUGAAGAUCGCAUGA